AGGAAAUGCUCAUAUACUAAUGGCGUCUUCACAACGCGACGGACGGAUCAGCUGAUUCUUAUAUCAGCCUGCAAAUCUACAUGACGACAUAAGCUCUUUAGCAGGCAUCAUGACCACAGCUAGGUACCGACCCACCUGGGAUUUGGCCCUGGACCCGCUGGUGUCCUGUAAACUGUGCCUGGGAGAGUUUCCCUUGGAGCAAAUGACCACCAUCACCCAGUGCCAAUGCGUCUUCUGCACCCUGUGCCUGAAGCAGUAUGUGGAACUUCUAAUCAAAGAGGGCUUUGAAACUGUGAUCAGCUGUCCAGAUUCUGCCUGCCCAAAACGAGGACAUUUACAAGAAAAUGAGAUUGAAUGCAUGGUGGCCACAGAGAUAAUGCAGAGAUACAGGAAGAUGCAGUUUGAGAAGGAGGUGUUGCUGGACCCGCGCCGGACCUGGUGCCCAUCCUCCACGUGCCAGGCUGUGUGCCAACUGAUAGAGUCUGACAUGGCGCUUCCGCAGUUGGUGCGCUGCAGUGUUUGCACACACAAGUUCUGUUCCGCCUGCAAGGCCAGCUGGCACCCGGAGCAAGACUGCCAGGAGAACGUUCCCAUCACCUCUUUUCUACCUGGAGAGAGCAGUUUUUUUUUUAAGGCUGAUGAUGACGACGCCCCAAUCAAACGCUGUCCCAAAUGUAAAGUCUACAUAGAGAGAGACGAGGGCUGUGCCCAGAUGAUGUGCAAGAACUGCAAGCACGCGUUCUGCUGGUACUGCCUGGAGUCCUUGGACGAUGACUUCCUCCUGAUCCAUUAUGACAAAGGACCCUGCCGCAACAAAUUAGGCCACUCCAGAGCUUCUGUGAUCUGGCACAGAACGCAGGUUGUUGGAAUCUUUGCUGGUUUCGGACUGCUCUUACUUGUAGCCUCUCCAUUCCUUCUACUAGCCACGCCAUUUGUGCUGUGCUGUAAGUGCAAAUGCAGUAAAGGCGAUGAUGACCCUUUACCCACCUAACAGCCUGCAGCAAGGAGUCUGUGUUGGAGGAAUUCCAGUCAUCUCCUUUAAUCGUUUUUCUUUAUCUCCUCCACCUUUGAGCUUUCAUCAAUUGGUGGGACUCGCAUUUGAAGCCACAACGCAAGCCAUCUCACGCCAUGGUUACUGUCACAGCUAGCUGAUGUGGGCUAUUUCAAGGCAGGCCUGACGAGAAUAAAGGAGACCUCAUGAGCCUGCUGCUUGCUUAGGUGGAGGAUUUGAGAGAUGGGGUUACUUACUGCCCCUUCCAUAGUAACACGAGAGAUGGUACUAAAGGAGCACAGUGCUGUUCUGUUCAAGCACUUGUCUUAUUUUAAGGAUGUUUUCCAGAUGUAUUCAGUCUGUACAUCUGUCGGUCUCUCUGUGCAUAGUAGUUUUUCAGUCACACGGCUCACUCUUUAUCACUUGUAUUGCUCAAAUGUACAGCAAGAAUACUACUACAAUUUUAAUUCAAAAUAAAUUUCACAUUCAAGACUUUAUUUAAUGGCACGACUUUUGUUUUUCUGUAUUUGUCGAGAUAUCUUUCAGAUAUAACCAACAGUAAAUUGACUGCCGAUUUUGGUUGCUGAUGUCAUCAGGGUUUCACAGAUGAUAUUCGCAUUUGGAAUUUCUCCCUGUGCCCAUAUACACAAUUUGUUUGCUUUGAGAUAUCACUGAUCUCCAUGGAUUUAAAGUGUUAAUAUUAUUCCAAAGCAGGACUGUUCUGUGAGUUUAAAAUCCAAAUACUGACCCAUUGAAAUCAGUAGAGUUUAUUGAGUUGCUCAAACAAACCCUUAAAGUAAUCCGAACAUGAGAUAAAAGAUUACAAUCAUCUAAGUGCAAACUGUCAGAAUACUGAAACCUAAUUACAACAUUCUUAAGGCCAUUUUUUAACCCUUACUGUAAAUGCACUGUAUUAUAGAAACUUUAAUAGCACUCAUCUAAGUCUGCAGUAUGUCUGAAGUUCGAAACAAACUGAUAGUCCCUUUUUUCCACAGUAAAGUGUGAUCAUGCCUGAGGAUUUUAUGCUGAUUUACUAAACGGCCUGUCUUGUGUAUUUUGUCAGAUAGUUUGAAACAUGCAUUCAGUUUGUAUUCCUAGCAACAACAUACAAUUUUGGAACAGUCACUGUAAUUCAGGCAGGGAUUAUACACAGAUUUCAAGACUGUGUGGCUUAAAUAUAUUCACAAGUCCAGCACUUUAUCUAUGCAAGUUCAAACAACUUGAAGAUAAAAAAUAUAUAUAUAUAUGGCUUCUGAUGUCUUUAAUUGAAAGGUAGCGUAGGGGUUUCUAUGGGCAAGUUUGUGUCUUCUUGUUCAAAACAGAGUUUAUCACCUUCUGAAAUGCCAUUGUGCUAAUGUUGAAUAUUGACAAAUAGUUUUAAAUGAGAUUUCUUCCCUUAAGGGGGCUGGUUUUAAAAUAGAUUUAUGAUGCUAUUUGAAUGUUAAGAUUUUGCCUGCACUUCUUGAAUUAGCGAGUAUAUAAUCAAAAGCUAUUGUGCCAUCGAUCAUUUGUUACUCAGAAAUAUUCAAAUCAGAGCAUCUGCACCCGCCAUAUGUGUAGCUGGAUAAUAUGUAGCUCAUUAGAUUUCUUCAGAAUUGUCUGUGUGAUUCCCUCAUCUGCCAUUUCUUGUGUGCCAUAUUUGAGGUUGACAUGACAAAGUGAUUGUCUUUUCUUUGCAAGAAAAUGUUGUGUGUGCCCCUCUGAAAUUCACAGUAUUCACAAAGUUGAUAACUGGAUCAUAUUUUUAUGUUUGUCAUCUCCAUCAUUUGGUAGCAACCUGAAUUUUUAUGUUUUCAGCCUUACAUUUUUUAGUACCUCAGUUUUUCUUCUGUAUCCUAUAUAUAUAUAUAUAUAUAUAUAUAUAUAUAUAUAUAUAUAUUCAUCCUCAGGUCCUCCUAGAUAAAUAAUGUUGUCACUUUUAAACUUUUUUGAUGUUCAAAGAUAUAGAGCUUUGGACU